AACCCAAGUGAUAGAGAAAGCAAUCAAGCUUUUUGUGAGCUUCUGGAGCUGAAGCAAAAACUAAAUUUGAGAAAGAAUGCCGAUCCCCAGAAUCGCCCUCGGAUCUCCGGCUGAGGCUGGCCAGGCUGAUGCGCUCAAAGCCGCUCUUGCGGAGUUCAUUUCCGUGCUCAUUUUUGUUUUUGCUGGCGAAGGCUCCGGAAUGGCUUUCAAUAAGCUGACUGAUGACGGGUCGUCGACACCGGCUGGCCUAGUUGCUGCGGCAGUGGCUCAUGCCUUCGCACUCUUUGUGGCAGUUUCAAUUGCCGCCAACAUUUCCGGAGGCCAUGUCAACCCUGCUGUCACCUUUGGUGCUCUGGUUGGUGGACACAUAACAUUGUUCAGAAGCCUUUUGUACUGGAUUGCCCAGUUACUUGGUUCAGUGGUUGCUUGCUUGCUUCUUAAGUUCGCAACCGGCGGAUUGACAACAUCAGCUUUCUCCCUAUCCUCUGGCGUGAGCGCAUGGAAUGCACUUGUUUUCGAGAUUGUCAUGACCUUCGGCCUGGUUUACACUGUAUACGCAACAGCCAUUGACCCGAAGAAGGGCAACAUCGGCAUCAUUGCACCCAUUGCAAUUGGUUUCAUCGUGGGUGCCAACAUCUUGGCUGGUGGUGCCUUCGAUGGUGCAUCCAUGAACCCUGCAGUCUCCUUCGGACCUGCUGUGGUUAGCUGGACAUGGUCUAACCACUGGGUCUACUGGCUCGGUCCAUUUAUUGGUGCUGCCAUUGCUGCAUUCGUUUACUCCAUCUUCUACCUCAGCCCAACCACCCACGAGCAACUCCCUACCACAGAUUACUGAGAGUUGAUCUUUCCCUCCCGGUGAUGUGAUGAGAAGGGGUUGGAAUUUGGUGCCGUUGGGUUCACUUCUUUGGCUGUUGUGGUGUUGUUUGAAUCUGGUUGUUGUUAAUUGUCAAUUCCAGCGAGGUUGUGUUGUUUUCUUCAAUCAUUUUGUUCACUAAUGUUCAUUUUCUUUGGGCGAGAAUCUCCUUUUGAUUAA